AGGUCCCAGUUCUGUUUCAUUUUGCAGGUAGUGGUCAAGGAAAUGUGGGGUGGAUCCUAGAAGGGGUGAGAGUGUGGAAGCCACUCAUGCCUGUCCCUGCUUUGUCCCCAUAGGUCAAACCUGCUUCAGCCAUGUCUGUAAGGAAGGAUGAAAUUCCCCAGCAGUCAUCAGCCCCACUGGAAGGGAGCCUCCAACAGAAGUUAUGUCUACCAGGAUUCUAUAUGGAAGAAGCCAGUGGAGGUUGUGCCCUGUGCGCCGAUGGGAUAGACUACACCAAUCAUUCAAACACCCUCCCUUCUUGCCUACCUUGCAUGACUUGCAAAUCAGGAGAAGAAGAAAAAAAUCGCUGCACCCCCACCAAGGACACUGAGUGUCAGUGCAAACCUGGCACUUUCCGUGGAGAAGAUGCACCUGAAUUCUGUCAAAAAUGCAGCACCGGGUGCCCUGAUGGGAAGGUCAUGGUCACGCACUGUAACCCCUGGAGCAACAUCAAGUGUGUGGACCAGGAAUCAGGUACCCUGGCCCAUGGGGAGGCCCCAGUUCCUGGAGAGCUAGGAACUCCCUCCCCCUCCUCAGGCACUUCAAGGCUGGUGAUUGGAAUUGUAUCUGGAAUCACCAUUGUCCUAGUCGGAUGUGUGGUAUGGUGCUUCUUUAACGGAAGAGAAGCUGACAGGAUAACGCCCAGUCCCGAGAUGCAGCAGGCAGGCUGUCUGUUGGAACCAGCAGCACCUGAAGGAUCUCAGCGGAGAAGAUGGCUGCUGGUUCCAACAGAUGGCACUCAAAGCCUGAAGCUGUUCUUCAGUGACUUUGCAGCUAUCUUUUCCUUGUGACGUCUGUGAUUUGCUCCUGAGGCAGUUGGGCCUCACAUGAAAUGAGAUCCUUGUGGGCAGAGAAUAGGCCUGGGUCUCUCCGGAUGCCUUGCGUGAAAUACUGCCAGUCACCAAGAAGGGACAGAGGACCUCAGUCAACACCCUGAUGGAUGCCUUGGAAAUGCUGGGGCAAAGAGUGACAAAAGAGACCAUUCAAGAGGGCCUGCUGAACUCAGGAAAGUAUUAACAUGUUUAUGAAGAAAGUGAGACAGGCUCUGCUGUGCCCUGACUGAGGACCUCAGUCUUUCAGCUCAGGACACACUCCUAAUAGGCUUCUAGUUUUUAUUUGUAUUGGUUUGAAAUUUGUCAUUCAUGGUAAUAGGUAUGCAUUUAAUGAUGUAACUUAUAAUGAAAGUGUUAGUCACUGAGUCAUGUCCAACUCUUUGCGACCCUAUGGACUGUAGCCCACCAGGCUCUUCUGUCCAUGGGGUUUCUCCAGGCAAGAAUACUGGAGUGGGUUGCCUUUUCCUUCUCCAGGGGCUCUUCCCUACCCAGGGAUGGAGCCUGGAUCUCCUGCGCUGCAGGCAGACUCUUUACUGACUGAUCCACCAGGGAGGCCCCGUAACUUGUGAUAUACAUCAUUAAAGAGCAAACAUCUUGUA